AUGAUGGAAGACCCGAGCAGGCAUGCUCUGCUCGAGCUUUGCACAAGGGCCACGCUUCAUGGCAACACCAUCUCGGUGAGGAUGCUCGACUUCCUCGGCGCCGUCAAGCACCCACCCUUUGGCUUCAAGCACCUGGCCCAAGACUUUCUCGACAUCUGCAGGAUCCUCUGGGCCAUCGAGGCCGGGCUGACCGAGUGCUUCCGCUCCGGCCAGCACUUCCCCGAAGACAUGGUCAAGGAGCUCUACGCAAAGUUCCAACAGACAAACGCCGACUUUGUCAUCCUUGAUCAGAUGAUGCGCGAGUUCCUGGGCUACGAGAACGGCGGCGUGGGCGGCAAGCUGCGCAAGGGCUGGCGGAUGAUGUUUGCCGACAAGUCCAUCGCGCGGAUGAGGGACUCCCUUGGAAAGUCGCGGGAUGCCCUGAGGAUGAGCGCCCUGGUUUUUCAGUGGUCGCUGGGCAGCAUCUCUCCGGAGGAUGCGGCCGGCUCGGGCUACGUGGGCUUGGCUGCUGCCUUGGACCGCAUGGUUCGGGGCCGGUCCACUACCAACCUGAAAAGGUCGCGGUCUUUUGAAGACAUCAGCCACAAGAACAGCGAGACGGCACCACAGCUGGACCUACCCAAGCUUCCUUCUCUUUCUCCCCAGAUAUCAGCAAUGCCGAUCGGCAUACAAGACAGGUCUUCGUCGACAACCCACUCUCUGACAGACAUCACGAGGGACCGCAAUGACGACCAGCCCAGCCUUGGUCACCUCCGCCGUCUUAGCUCAAACAGAAAUCAGUACAGCAGUGCUAGUCACAGGUCUGACAGCAAAAGCCUUAACGACAACCGCAGCCUAACCACAGCUGACGACCGCGAUUCGCUGGUGGCGGGUAAUAAAAGGCGAGAAUCCAAUAAAAGGCCAGAUGUGCCUACGAUCCCCGGCAAAGUGCAAAACGUUUCUGGCCGUCUCACAAAAGUCUCAAGGAAUACUGCCCCUUCAGAAAAGAGUGUCAGCUCGGGGCGCCUGGGUCCUGGCGCAAACCUUCGCCUCGAAAGCAGCCUACACCGUCCGAGGUCCUUGGUUCAAGACGACAACACCUCUCCAGGCUUGACAGACGCAGAUACGGUGCUCGACGAUCUGGAAAGCCUCGACCUGAGCGGCCCCAUCAAGGCCGUUCGGAUCCACGCCGACCCUCUGCAAAUGCCCCGCUGGCAACCUAGAAACAUCACCGCGGCCAACAACCCCAACUUGCGGACUGCCCUUACCGGUGCGGUCCAGACGCAAAAGCACAAGGUUGUCGAGCAGCUCCUGGACCGUGGCGUCGCCCCCGACACUCACCCAGACGACAUCCACGUCCUCAGGGAAGCGAUACUCAACCGCGACCUCGAGACCAUCCGCCUCCUCCUCUGCUUCGGGGCUGAUCCCAACUCUGCAGACUCGGACGGCGUCACCCCGCUCCUCUAUGCUGUCGAGGUCGCCUUCCUCGAGGGAACACAACUCCUCCUCAAAUACGGCGCCGACCCAAACCUCUCCGGCAACGACAUCCCCGGCCCGGAGCUGCCCCUGGCUGUUGCCAUCGCCGAGCAGCGACCCGAGCUGGCCCAGCUGCUGCUCACCUACGGCGCCGACGUCAACUUGCAGUUCGCCCAGGGCAACACGCCGCUCAUCUCUGCCGUCGGCGGCCGCGACGCCUCCCUCCGGCUGGUGGAGCUGCUGCUCGAGUACGGCGCCGACGCCAACGCCAAGAGCCGCGAGGGCAAGUCGGCUCUCUUCGAGGCCAUCACCAACGGCGGCCGAGUCGACGUGGUGACGGCCCUGCUCGACCACGGCGCCAACCCCAACCUCCCGGGGCCAAAACACAUGCUGUGGCCGUCGACGUCCCAACCCGCCUGCCUCGAGGUCCUCCUGGCGCGCGGCGCCGACCCCAAAAAGACCCCCGGCGUGCUGGAGCUGGCCACGUCCAUCAACAACGCCGAGGCGGUCCGGAUCCUGCUCGCGGCCGGCGUCGACGUCAACGCCCGCAAGGACGGCGUGUGGACGCCGCUGUGCACAUCGAUCCGCGACGACCGCAAGGACCUCUUCGACAUGAUGCUCGCCGCCGGAGCGGACCCGAACCUCUCCUCGGCCGAGUACCCCUGCUUCAAGUGCGUGACGCACUUCCGCACCGAAUACUACCUCCCGCGGCUGGUCGAAGCCGGCGGGGACCUCUCCUCCCCUCCCGGCAUCUGCGAGACGGCGGUGGCGGUCGGCAACACGGACGCGCUGGCGUGGCUGCUGGCCGAGAAGCGCGCGGACCCCAACGACCGCAGCGCCGAGGGCCGCACGGCGCUGACCACCGCCAUCCGCGAGAACAAGCCCGACAUGGUGGACGCGCUGCUCCGCGGAGGGGCGGACCCCAGCGUGCGCGGCGAGGGGUGGCCGGUGCACAUGGCCGUCGGCCACCCGCUCAUCCUGCAGAAGCUGCUGGGGGUGCUGAGCGACCCCGGUGCCUUCAGGGGCGUGUUGGAGAUGGCGGUCGUGGCGGACCGGCUCGAGAGCGUCAAGCUGCUGCUCAAGGCGGGCGUGAGCAUCGAGGACCGCCGAAGCGGAGUCUUUUCCCCGCUCACCUCUGCGAUCCGCGAGGGCAACAAGAACAUGGUGAAGUUCCUGAUCGAGGACGCCGGCGCUGAUGUGAACUCGCCCGGCGAGCACCUGCCGCUGGUCAAGGCGGUGAGGAGCUACAAGGGAGACGGUGACAUGGACGUGCUGAACCUGCUGCUCAAGAAGGGGGCCGACGUGAACCGCAUGUACCGCGGAUGGAACGGCAUUAUGCAGGCCGUGGAGAGCGGUGAGCUGUCCGUGUUGAGGUUGCUGGUUGACCACAUCCGCAAGACGAGCGGGGGUAUUGUUGACCUGGAGCUCAAGGACGACACUGGUCGGACGGCAGUCGAUAUUGCCACCAGUCGUUGCUGGACCGAAGCUGUGGAAAUUCUGAAGCAAGGGCAGAAGUGA